AUGGUGAGCGAAAGCUUCAACCAGACGUGCUCCACUACUGCUGCCGGCUGUGCUGGCAGUGAAGGGCGCACGUUGCGUCGACGACGAUCAGCAGCAUCGGCAGCGCUCUUGUCCCGCCCAUCGAUGUUGACACUUGGCGAGCUUGUUCCUUCGUUCGAGACAUGCGUUCUCAUCUACGCUUCGACUGGCCGCGAAGAAGCUGCGCCGGAGCUGAUUUAUGCCCUGUUCGAACCCAACUUUCUCAUCGAUGGUACGGGUCGCACGGUUCGCAAGCUCGACCGUUCGUCGUGGGAGCGUCUACGAUCGCACGUUGAAGACCUUCGAAUUGUUGCCCUCGCCUCUGGCUACACGGAUGGGCCAAGCACUCCUACAUCUCCGACCAGUGCGACCACUGCGAGAAGAAAGCCGGAAUGCGUGUUCGACCUCUCGAUGCCGACGGACGACGCAUCGCAGCGCAGCAUCUCUCGCAUUUAUCUGCAACCCAGUUCAUACGCGGCUACUCCUGCUCGAAGCAGGGAUGAACUAUUCGAGAUUGAAAUUCACGGUCCUGCCGAUGCGGCUACUGCAGAACAGAGGAGGAUCUGUCUUCCCACACAGGUGCGUGCGGUGAUGCAGGAUGCAGAGCAACUAGUGUCUGCUCAGCCUUCGCCUACAAUGCCGACUUCGGCUCCUUCCCAAAUGGGAAACCAGACGGAGAGGAUGAAUAGCAACAGAGGCGCUGAAUUCGACUUGGCUUGCAGUCGUAUCUUUGAUCUUCUGCAGGGCCCGUCUGCCUCUUCGUAG